AUGGGGGAACAAUAUGAAGAAUCCAAUAAUCAGAAAAAGGAUGUGCUUGGUCCUGCCCACUCAUGGAGGCAGGUAUGUGUUAAACACUGUUUCUGCCUAUGGGUAUGUGUACGCGGGACCUUGAAAAGGCCACCUCUUGCAUUUGUUAGGGAGCUCACAGAACAAUAAGGGUAAUGACAACACUGGAAAAGAACUGUAAGUUUAAUGACCAAUAUGCAUUACACUCUUAAAAACUUAUUAUUUUUGCCUUCCUAUCAAUUCACUUUAUAUUAUUAAGCGAUGUUGUCACUGUUGCUGAUGUUAUGGUUUUGUUUGCUCCGUAGCAGCUGUCUUCUCAGUGGUUUGUGUGUAGAAUAUUGUUCCCCUUUAAAGUAAUUAUUAAUUUAGAUUUACUUGAAUGUUGUAAGUUCAUAGCAUUUUAUUUAUUCAGCAAUUUUAUUAUUCCAGUAACAUUGUUACUUUCAGUUCAAAACUGGAACAAAGCAAAAUAAAAAUGAUUUUAAAAAUAUCCCAGGAACAUGCUUUUGGAAUUAACACAAGGACCUUUGUCNCAGCUGUCUUCUCAGUGGUUUGUGUGUAGAAUAUUGUUCCCCUUUAAAGUAAUUAUUAAUUUAGAUUUACUUGAAUGUUGUAAGUUCAUAGCAUUUUAUUUAUUCAGCAAUUUUAUUAUUCCAGUAACAUUGUUACUUUCAGUUCAAAACUGGAACAAAGCAAAAUAAAAAUGAUUUUAAAAAUAUCCCAGGAACAUGCUUUUGGAAUUAACACAAGGACCUUUGUCUUCCCAUAGUAAAAUAAACACAUUGAAACCCAAAGUUACCCAAACCAGUGAUUCCUCUAACAUCACACUUCAAACAGGGAUGUUUCAGCUUUGAAAGGUUGGGUGGCCUGUGGUCUAACUUCAACUCAUCUAGGGGUGGCGAAUGGUAAAAUCUGAGACUCGCUGAGACGCUGAGAUGCUAGUUAGAAAUCUGAGCCCGUGACUCUUUGGUAAAAAGUUUUGAGACUCAAAAAAAUUAAAAACAAACCAUGCAAAAACGAGACUUUGAGGCUUAUCAAAAACGUUUCCGAGAUUUCGUGAUCCUGCCAAAAUUUUCCGAGACCCAAGUUUUUCAAGGUACCAUUUGCCACCCCUUAAUCUUUAUCUUUUUUAUAAUGGACAAUAAUACAAUUUUCCUUUUAUUCCCUUUCAUCUAGUUCUCACCAAUGGCAGAUGCUAUGGCGCCAUAGACAUUGUCACUCGGCAGCUAUUUUGUCUCAGGAGAUUGAAAGUGCUUUGUUCAUGCACGGCUAGCCUAGUUCUCUCUUUGAGGCUAGCCGUGCAUAAACAAAGCUUUUUAAAUCUCUUGAGACAAAAUGGCCGUCCCUUGAGAAAGGUCUAUUGGACCUGUUUUAAGAAGUCUUAUUAAAAUCUAUCUGUCUGGAUCAAGCUUAAUUUUUGGACACAGAUGCUGUCAGUGUUAUUAAACCAAAAAGCAAAUUAUUUCCAUGCUUGCAACAUGCUGAUUAUCACAUCUUUCACAGUCUAUAUAGAUGACAAGUCUUCUGCUAGCCUACUCUUUCUGAAUGUUAUCUGCUCAGGACUGCUUGCUACUUCCCCAGGGGGUACUUAGAUCAUGAAUUUUAGGGUGGGUGGGUGCCACUGGAAUCCUGAAACCCUUGUUUACCUAUACCAGACCAUGAUCAGCUGUAUUUUCAACCCUUAUCAGUAAAACAGGCACCAGAAAUAAUACCCUGAAAACUCUUUAAUAAUGUUGUUUACGCCAAGUAAUUUCCCAUAAAUGAAUAUUGUGUCCCUGCACACAUGUAGUCACACCAACUUGAGCUGAGGUGUAUUUGUGAAAAUGCUCAGUGGGGGGGAAGUGAAUUGUACUGUUUGCAGGCUUUGUUAAAAAUUGUUACUACUUCCUGCUCACUGUAUAGAUUAUGACAAUUGCUGCCAUGGAACCAGUUCAAUCAGAACCCGGUAAGAAAACCAAAUUAUACAAAUAUUUCUUAGUUUUGAUGUCAGAUGUACCAGUGAUUAUAAUAUAAUAAUAAUACAGUCAAGCCAGGUCAAGCAUACUCCUUAGUGAAUUGGUUAUUUUGAAAAUCGAAUCUGUAAGUUGAAUUGUUGCUGCUGCAUGGUAUUAAAUAAUUCAAAUCAGCAUUCCUGUGUGUAUAAUGAGCAGUGACUUUUGGACCGAAAUAAGACGUUAUUAGAUAUAUUGAUCGCAGUGUUUCAGCCGCGUACUGCAGGCCUUCGUCACGCGAUAGUGUUGAUUUACUGAGAAGGACAAUGUGUACCGCGGUGGUUGACAACAUCACCAUUGCUGAUAAAAAAUAUCUUCACACUUAAAGUAAUAACCACUUCCUUAUUCAAAAUAAUCAAGUGGUUGAUCAACAGGCAACCCAGCACCGGACUACAGUCAGAUAUACACACUGCUUAGUAGAGUCAUGAGAGAACAGCCACCACCUGACCUUACCCCACUUGGUAAGUGGUAUCAUGCAUUAUAAUAACUUAAUGUCUCUCAGUGUUUGCCAGCUUGUAGGGAGAGGGAUGCAACAGGUGCACAUUCAUCACUUCCCCCUUUUUCUUUUCCCCCUUUUUCUUCCUUCUGUGGUCCCCCUGUUGGUUCCGAACUCGUCACUUACUUAGCUAUUCUCUACCUGGCCAAGAUCAAGUGGUAGCAAUGUUUUACUUUCCUAAAGAUUGCAAUCUAUUAACUUCCUCAGUAGUGUAAGCCCAAGGUUCGCAGCCAAAGUCUUUGAAAGGUGCUCUAAGAGUUCCAUGUUUUACCAGUGAUAUCUUUUAUCUGACAGUGGACUAUAGAUCAUUUUCACACAUGUAGUAAGCUGUCAUGCAAAUUUCUUGGAACAAAAAGAAGUUUUACAUGAGAAAUAAGACCCAAGCCAUAGUACACCAAAUUGACCCCCAUUUUAUUGAUUUGCUACACCAAUAUGGCCACCUUAAUGCCAUGUGCAACUUGAGAUAUUCCUGGAGCCCACCCCCUACCCCCUCUAACUGGUUUGUACUUUUAAGGCUCCUAAGUACCUGCCUAACUAAAAUCCUACCUAUGGGCCUAGUGUAGUUGCCUGGAUGGGUAACACUCCUUGUGUCUGAUAUCAUAAUUUAUGUCUUUACCAUAAUUUAUAAUUAAGUGUUAUGAAUUUACUGUGACAGUGUUAGCUCAGUUGGUAGAGUGCUAGACUGCAGAGUAGAAGGUUGCAGGUUUGAUUCCCGGGGGCCAGACCAAUACUCAGGGUCUUAACAUAAUUGAGAAAUGAAGGGACUCCCUUUGCACUGCAAGAGGCUGGACCUUUGGGUGGCUCAGAUGACCAGGUAAAAUAGUGGUCCCAUUCCCAUCUCCAGUUGGAGAUGUAAAAACAGUGUCCCCAAUUAGUAACUUUGUGCUUAAUACUUUGACACUCAAAUAAAGAGCAUUUUUCUUUCACAUAAUCCUCAUCUGUUUCUCUUAUUUCUUGCUUCAGAUGCAUCAGUCAUUCUGGAUUUAUUAAAUGACCUAGAAAGACGGCUUGCGGGUCAUGAUAUAAGCAGUCAAGUUCAAUUUGUAGUUAAUAAGUCCAAAGAAAUCAUGGCAACAGCUGCAGGAACCACUGGACAAGGCAGUUCUGAUGCAGGCAGUAGUUCCAGCCGUCCCAAAUCCCAGUUGUUCUCUUUAAACCCCCUUAAUGUUCCUGUUCAACUGUUAAACUUAAAGAAGCCUGCCCCGGUCAACACUGCUUCCAAGGCUGCCCCUGAGACUACUAAGGAACAGAGUUGA